GCAGGGAAGGGGAGGUGGCUGGAUACAGGACGAGGAUGAUGCAAUGCUGAAGAGUGAGCUGGAGGAGAAAAGUAGCAGGCACCAUGGAAAAAAACAAAACAAAGCAAGGAGAGAAUGAACAUAUGCCGGUGAAUAGCCCUUCCACACAGAUUUACCAGUUGCAGGCCCUGGCCUCGGAACUGAAAACUGGUUUUACAGAAGCAAUGCAGGAGCUGACACGCAUCCAACAUGGAGAAUAUGCUUUGGAGGAGAAGGUCAAGAGCUGCAGAUGUUCUAUGGAAGAGAAAGUCACUGAGAUGAAGAAUUCAUUAAACUACUUCAAGGAAGAGCUGAGCAAUGCAAUGUCCAUGAUUCAGGCCAUCACUUCCAAACAAGAAGAAAUGCAGCAGAAAAUCGAACAGCUUCAACAGGAGAAGAGAAGAGAAUCUCGAAAGGUUAAAGCCAAGAAAGCCCAAAAGGAAGAACAUGGCACACAAGCCGGACCUGCAUCUGUGCCUGCACAAACACAAGGAAGCCCCUUCCGCUCUAUCAAUGUCCCUGAGUCUGGUAUCCCCAGUGAGGAUUUCACCAACAUUUUGCCUUCUCAGACAUAUGAAAAAGCCCAAGAGUCCAGAUCUGUUCAUGUAGGAGAUGGCAAUGUGAAGGGAAUGAUGGGUCCUGGAGUGAACCCAACAAAUCCAGAAGCAGAUGAAAACCUUAAUAAGCCUUCUCUCUCAGCUGAGAUCCAGUCCAAGGGCCAUCACACACCUGCCCUGUGGAGACAGCCUAAGGAUGGCAAAGAAUGGGUCGAGGAAUAUGUCACAAAAGAUCAUCCAGAUAAACUCAAGGAGGCUGGCCAGGGCAGACACAGUACCUUGGAAAAUGUUUUAUGUGAAACCUCUUUAGCUGCAAAAAGACAGACAGUGGCUCUGGAGCUGCUUGAAUCUGAGCGGAAGUAUGUCAUUAACAUCUCUCUGAUCCUGAAGAUAAAGGCAACAUUCCAGGGCUCAGAUGGAAAGAGGAAUUCCAAGGAGAGAAGUCUCUUCCCUGGCUCCUUGCGCUACCUUGUCCAGCAGCACUUGGAUUUGCUUCAUGCCCUGCAGGAGAGGAUCCUGAAAUGGCCACGCCAAGGAGUCCUCGGAGAUUUAUUCUUGAAGUUGACAAAUGAUGAGAAUAAUUUCUUGGAUUAUUAUGUUGCCUACCUGAGGGAUUUGCCUGAAUGCAUCUCUUUGGUUCAUGUUAUGGUUCUGAAGGAGGGUGAUGAGGAGAUUAAAUCCGAUAUCUAUACCCUGUUUUUUCACAUAGUACAGCGCAUCCCUGAAUAUCUGAUACAUCUCCAGAAUGUUCUGAAGUUCACUGAGCAGGAACACCCCGACUAUUAUCUACUGCUCGUGUGUGUUCAGCGCCUCCGGGUGUUUAUCUCCCAUUAUACCCUGCUGUUUCAGUGCAACGAAGAAUUGCUUAUUCAGAAGCGGAAAAAACUCAAAAAGUCAUCUAUGGCAAAGCUGUACAAAGGCCUGGCUUCCCAGUGUGCCAAUGCUGGCCAAGAUGCUUCCCCCACUGCAGGCUCAGAAGCUGUCCGUGAUAGUGGGAUACACUCAGAAGAGAUGCUCCAACCCUACCCUUCUGCUCCCAGUUCUGCCCCUGCUGUCAAACAUUUGAUGCCCCCAGCGAAGAAAGGCCAACAGCAGCAAAGCCUCAUGGAGAGCAUGCAGCCCGGGAAGCCGGGGGACUGGGAGAUGGAGGGCAGAAAGCAUGACAGGCCUGAGAGCCUACUGGCCCCAGCACAGUUCUGCACAGCCGAGCAGGAUGUGAAGGCACUCACGGGGCCGUUGCAGGCCAUCCCAGAGAUGGAUUUCGAGCCGUCCCCAGCUGAGCCGCUGGGCAACGUGGAGCGCUCGCUGCGUGGCCAGCCCGAACUCCUACCAGAUGCACGCGGCUUUGUGCCCGCGAGCUAUGAGGAGUUCGAGUAUGGAGGAGAGAUCUUCGCGCUGCCCGCACCUUACAACGAGGAGCCCUUCCAGGCGCCAGCCCUCUUCGACAACUGCUCGCCCGCCUCCUCCGAGUCCAGCUUGGACAUCUGCUUCCUGAGGCCCGUCAGCUUCGCCAUGGAGGCCGAGCGGCCUGAGCACGCGCUGCAGCAGCUGCCCAAGAGCGCUACGUCGCCAGCGAGCAGCAGCAGCGCCUACAAGCUGGAGGCGGUGCAGGCGCAGGCGCACAGCAAGGCCAAGCCGCUGAGCCGCUCGCUCAAGGAGUUCCCCCGCACGCCGCCCGCCGAGGGCGUGGCCCCGCGGCUCUACAGCACGCGCAGCAGCAGCGGUGGCCGCGCGCCACUCAAGGUCGAGCGCGUUGCUGCCCCGCACGGCCCCGCCACCGCCGCCUCCCGUGGGGCGCCGCGGACCUUCUUCCCCCAACAGAGGUCUCAAAGCGAAAAACAGACCUAUUUGGAAGUAAGGAGGGAGAUGCACUUAGAGGAUGCCACCCGAUUCUGUCCAAAGGAAGAAAGAGAGAGUGAACAGACUUCUUUCAGCGAUCAAACUCCCAGGCAAGACCAGAAAGGGGGCUUUCGCAGCUCUUUCCGCAAGCUCUUUAAAAAGAAGUCCAGUGGAUCAGAAUACAGGGAAAAAACUAAUGAGAAUCCCUCAAUGGAUCCUUCACCCACCAAACAAGAUUUCUUCAGAAACCGACUUGCUCUUGCAAAUGACCUUGACCAAGGAACAGCUGUGUAAACACAUUUACAGUUGUAUUGUCAAGUGGUAAGAGGAGGGUAAAAGCUUGUAUAUAUCUCUGCAGGAAUAUAUAUAUAUAUAUAUUCCGUAUAAAUCCCUGAGGAAAACUAAUAUAAAUAUUUACAUAUGAAACUAAAUCAACAUACAAGAUAUCGAAGAGAUGAAGAUUAGUCUAUGGUUAAGACUUGGCUUAAUGAACCUCAACACUUGGAAAAAGGGAAAUGAAGACUUUUCACAUCAUUACAGAAAAAACAUAAUAAAUUUGGAGGAAAAUAAAUGCUUGUAAGAGCAAAA